UGCUGAGUAAAUGCUGACCCGAAGGAUUUGGUGCUAAACCCUAGAGAAGCGAGAUAGAACGCUUGCCAGCGAGUGAUGAGGAAGAAACGGAGCUGAGAAACGAUGGCAAUGGCAUCAAUCGCGCUUCCAGCUUUCGCAUUACUGCCUUCAACUCCGAAAUUUCGUGACCAACCCUGUCAACAAAGGUGCUUGAGACUGCAUGGACAUCACCAACUCUCUCCCACAUGCUCUAUGAAAGUGUCCAUGGCAGAAUUUGGUGAACCAAAUAAGGUCAAGAUGCAGAUCAAUGUUGCGAGGGAGAAGUUGUGGGAAGCCACUCCUGACUCGGUUAAAGAAAUUCCAUGGAAGAAAGCAGAGAAAAUACUGCUUGAGCGACUGCUUCUUCUGGGACAGAACACAUUAAAGUGGACUCUUGUCAUUUUCUUUAUUUUUAGCUCCUUAUACGAUGUCAUAUUUUCCAUCUCAAGAAACCAAGAACUGAUAAUUCCAUGUGGUCUGUUUGUUGGCUGCUUGAUGACUAACUUCUUGAAAGAGAUAUCAAAUGAACUGUUUCGCAACUCAGAGAUGCGAUUGCUGCAACAGGAGCAAGGUUUGAACUGGCAGCUUGUGGGCAUCGGAUGCUUCUUUGUUCUUUUGAAGUUUCUCUCUGGAAGUUUAGUGUUACCAGCAAGGUUGUUUCUUUUUCACUUUGCAAAUGGUGGGUUAAUGCAACUUUUGUGGCUGUGGAGAAGCUUACCAGAAGAGAGAGAGAAAUGAAAGUACCACUGCUGUGAGUACAUUAAAGAGCUUAAUUCAGAAGCUCAUAUAACAAAAUAUUUUAGGGCCGUUUCUGUACCAACCAUUUGAGUUUGAUUUGUUCUGAUAUUUUUGCCUUGAGAACUGGCUUGGACCCUUUGUAAUACUGGCUGAUGUUUUUGCACAUUUAUCAGCUGGGAUUGUGCAGUAAUUUCAGAAGAAGUAAAGCAUUUUAUGGUACUUCAUUUUUCC